CUAACAUGAUUUUUGUUUCAGAAAAAAAAAUGAGUUCUGUUACCGAAAACAACAACACUUUCUUUCUUCAAAAGAAAUUCACUCCGGACGUUUCCGACAGGGAAUUAUACCUUCAUGCGAACAACUAUCCCUCCCUGGUAUCGAUAGAAAAUUUGAGUAAUAACAAUAACAAUAAUAAUAACAAUAACAACAACCAAACGGACACAGACAAAAACAUCAAUGAUGUUUGGACAAAGGAUAAUUUUAUGAAAAAGAAAGCACAAUGUGGAUUGAAAGAAUCCUCCGCUAAGAACGCUAACAUUAUAAAAACCUGGGCAUCGAAAGAAUCGGAACAAAAAGAGGAAGACGUGCAAGAUGAAAUGGCAAACGAUGAGGUUGCAGAAGAUGAUAAGAAGGAAUCGUCACCAAGACCGCCUACACCUGAAAAAGAAUCGACUUCUCCAUCCCAUCACGCCAGAAGACCCAUGAAUGCAUUUCUGAUAUUUUGUAAAAAGCAUCGACCCAUAGUACGUCUGAAAUUUCCAAAUUUGGAAAACAGAGGCAUCACGAGAAUAUUGGGAGAAUGGUGGGCAAUGUUAGACACUACUGACAAAAGCGCUUAUACCAGUUUAGCCAAAGAAUACAAGGAUGCAUUUUUCUCUGCGAAUCCCGACUUCAAAUGGUACAAGUUACCCGCACCACCCCUGCGUACCCUCACAACCCGGCCUACAACCACUUUACCAUCAAAAAUGUCACCGGUUUCCAGCCCACCACAGAACAGUAUAUCUAACGCCGAAUUCACUCCUGGAAAACUGGCUGACGAAUCCCAGCUAGGCAGUCUCACUUCUUUGUUGAGCCCCAACAGUACCAUGAAGUCGGAUACCACAUACAUGGACGUGGAUAAAUCAAAAUCAGUAGCUCAAUCGACUACCUCCCUCCAAACAAACAAUUGUACAUCUUCAACGAAGAAAACAGAUGCUUCAACUUUUAAUACACCAGAGAAUAGCAUAAAGGUGAGUACCAGUGUGCCUCCCAAGAAGAGAAUCAGCGAAAAUUUCAGCAAUUUCGACAAUAAAAACGUCGUCCGUGAUAUUUUCAACACCAAAUCGUCCACAAAUUAUCAAGAAGAGGACGAUGGUAACGUUACCAAACAGGAUCUGGUCGAUAAGGUCGUGGACAGUAUAUUUUCCGCUAACAAAGACGAUGAAAUAAUGAAAUCCAACGAUUCAAAAGAACCCAGAAAGUCCAUUCGAUCUUGCAAGGGCAGAAGAUACGCCGAAUUUAUGGUAGAAGGAAAACUGUUUGGAAACAAGCACUCCAAGAAAGGUGCAAUGCAAGACAAAUAUAAGUACGAGACACCCAGAUCUCCAAUUCUUCAUGUAAAAUCUUCUUCCAAGCAAAAUUUGAUUGCUCCAUACUUGGAAGACACCAUCAAGCGUUUGGCCGAACGUACAAAUAAGAACGUUUAUAGCAAACUAGAAAACACUAAAGACGAAAAGAUGGACGAAGAUAGACCUAAAAGUUCUCAAUCGGAAAACUCGGAAGAAGGAAAUUCUUCAAGUCAAAAUUAUUUCGAUUUGGACUUGAGGAUUUCAGAACUUCCCAGUUUGAGUUACGAUGCUUAUGUGCAACGUAAAAGGGCCAAUAAGAAGCGAAAACCGAUAAGGCAUAAAAUUGAAGAGAACGAUUCAAAGUCAAAUUGUGUUGGAACUGUUCCCAAAAAUGAAGAGAAUUGUCUCGUUGGAUCGAAGAAAAGGAAAAACAAGAAUUCAAUUACCAGACUUGAAAGUCCAAACGAUCAUGCUAUUAUAAGUCAGUUUACUAACGAUUUAUCUGGUCUAGCCACAUUGGCUGAAAUAGCAGCAAACACCGAAAAAAUUAACUGAAAAUAUUUUUUACCUAUUCAAAAAAGUCUAAAAGUAUGUAUACAAGAUGGUUCAUAGGACAACUGCAAAAUUCUAGACAUGAAAAUGGAAUGUUUUGAUCAGACAAAGAUAUCUAUGGGAUUGAGGUUUAUUACAAAAAUUCAAAAACCAUUACUAAUUUAAAUAGAUUAGAAUGAGCUUUUUCAAUUAAUAAAGGAAUCCUCUAAAAUUUUUUGGAAUUACUGUUCUCUCAAAAUCAACACCCAAUAUACAUUUCUUUUAUAAUAUUAUUUUUAUGUUUAGAAUCGGCAGUUGCUCUAUGUCCUAAUCUGUAUAGACCACCAAAAAUAUGUUUUUAUUGGUUCCAAAAUCAGGAAUGGAUUAUGUAUUUAUUUACAGAAAAUUUUUUAAGGAGAUAAAUAAUCACGAUGGGUUGUUAAGUUUUAAAAUUUUACAAAGCAAUAUCAUAAAUUAGUAGAAUAGAUUCGCGUAAGCAAAAGAAACAUAAAAAAGGAAAAGAAAACUACUUUUUAUGGUCGUUAAUUGAUGAGGAAAUUAUAUUUAAAUAAAGAUACACGAUAUACCUUCUAGUGUCUUAGAAAAACGCCUUCACUCUCAACAUUCUACAUAUAACGUUAAAUUAAAAAUUUCCAAAUUAAUACUAUAUAAAAACGUAGGUGUAACACAUUAAUUGUCAUGAAUUGUAAUUGCCCUUUUUUAAUGAAGGCAAAUUUGUAAUUUCACUGCUACUUUUUAAAUAGCCCUAAUUAUUAUUUAAGAAAAUUUCGUUUUAAAAAAUGGUACCUACUUCUUUCACGAUUGUGUGUAAAAACUAACUGAAAAGGCAUGAAGUUUCAAUAUUUUUAUCUAUUCUGCUGGCUAUUAACGUAGAAAACAUUUUUGUCACUUUAUUCUCUUGCUAACUGCAGUAUUUUAAAGACUAAUUAUUCACAUACAUCACUUCCUUUAUUACACGUUCCUUCGACAAAUAAUGAUAACGAUAGGCUCUAAGAUGUUUUUUUAGUGUAUGCAACUAUUGUUUCCUCUGACAUAUUAUGUGUGUUUGUAAUAUUAAUUGUAUGUAUUUUUUUAAUGUUUUUAACCAUAUGGAAACCAUAAACCAAACAUUUAACUAGUGCACAUUUACGAUACGAGUCAUUGUUUAUUUUAUUUUAAUUUUUUGUCUAUUAUUUGUAAAUACCUAGUGUAAUUUUUGUUGCUGUUUUUUGUUGAAAUCUAUAUGUCUACAUGAUAGUUUUUAUAUGAAUUGUUAUCGUUUCAUGGUUUCUCGUUUCCAACUUUUAAUUACUGAGCAGAUAAUGUUAAUGUGGAUUCGAAACCAAGAAACCACGAAUUGUUUUUACCUGUGCAAAAUAAUAAUACAGGGUGGAGGCAAACUAUUUUCAAAGAACAGUAUAUUUUAUAGAAUCGGCCCUUGCAGGGUUCUCACGCUCAUAUGUUUGUACCACACUUUAGAUUAUUAAUUCCUUAAUUAAUUGUGUUUGGAAAAAAUGUGAAUAAUUUACUGGAAAAGAUAUUUUCCAUUUAUUUUUCACAUCUUUUCCGAAAACUAAUUAACAUAGGGACCUGAUCUAUUAGGAAUUUUGGUAUUUUAUUAGUAGCUAUUUGUCCUACUUCGUGGUUUACAUACAUUAAUUUUAGUUAUUUAUAUUUACAAACAAGUGCAUCACCUGUAGAGUAUAAUGUUGAUUUUGAACAGUAAACGUUGUUGUUUAGUUUUUAAUUAAUCGUUACAUUAAAUUUUUGAUUAUCUCAUAUCUCCACCCUGUAAACGAAUUAAACUUCAAAUUACCGACCAAAAUCUUCAAAUUGAGUCGCCUUAUAAGUAGUUCUAAAGGUAAAAUUAAUCAUAGAAAUAAUGUAUAUUCAUCUGAAAGAAGAUAUUUUGCUUGUAAAUUUUAUAUGAAAUUUUAAUGUUUUACUGCCUGUAUUUUAACGUUCAAUGAAAGUGACUACAUACUUUGAAGUAAAGUACAAAGGCUAUUAUAUAUACAUAUAUUAUAUUAUACAAAUUUGACCAAUUUCAUGAAUUACAGUAAUAAUAUAAAUAUUAAGGAUAAUUAAACGUUAUUGUAGUCGCUUUCGAUGACAAGUAAAAUAUUUCAAAAAAAUAUAUUGAAAAGGACAGAGAAGUGAUGUACCCGAUUGUGAUAGAAUAAAUUGGUAAGUAUUUUUGUAUUGUUGACAGAUACGUAGAAAAGUUUACUGAGCGUUACUUGGUGGUGCCUUUUAUUUAUUGUUUUAUCAUAUUUUUGUGUUUAGAUAUAUGCAUAUAUAUAAAAAUAUUAUCAUGUACGUUUUAUCAAAGUUUAUAU